CCUCCUCCAGGGCGUCAGUGACGUGCAGCAGAUAGAAAGCGGGACCUGCCCUCCCGUCGCCAUUUUUCGGUCUCGUACUCGCACUUCUGGUGGCUCGGGUGAGGGGGGGGACCGAGCAGAGACAUAAUAAGGGGAAAGUAUCAAAAUAUAGAGUCGUUAACAAGGAAUGCACGCAUAACGGAGCUACAGCAGAAACGACCUGGCACACCUGAGAGAUGCACGCUGCUGCAGGAAGGAGCCGAGCUGUGAAAUCAUCAUUCUGUGUGUGAAGACGUGUUGCGGGGCCGCCAUUUUUUUAUUUUUUGUGUGCCGUGCUGCCUCUCAAAAGUCUGCUCGAGAGAAAAAAAAAGGGGAUUCAGAAAAACGCAUUUCCAUGACGCGUGCCUUAUCGUAAAAGAUCAAGGAAAUACAAAGUAAUCAUUUCGUUUUUCGACUCUGGCGACAAUGAUGAGGAUUUAUCAGAUAAAAAACUGAAGCCACCUUUUUUUUUUUUUCUUCACAAGUGACACUUGACUGGAGGAGAUACAUUAUUAGUAGAAGAAGAAGAAGAAGAGGAGCUUUUCUCAGAACGCGGAACGAAAAAGGGAAGCUUCAUUGAUACUUUGUUGCUUCUCGCAUUCUCUCUCUGUCGAUAAGUUGUUUCUAUUGUGGCCGCUCAGCCACUGACUGCUGAAACACAGGAACCACAUUAUGCUCCAAAGUUGGAUAAAACCAGUCGUGUUGUGUUUGUUUUCUGCUCUUUUUUAAAUCUUGCAGCAGUUUUGUGCAGAAAUAAUCCACCCUAACCCUGCAUCUUCCAAAAACCCUCCACUUUGCUGUGAUUGGCCCAUCCCAAACCACCACGCAUACAUACGUUUUUAACUUAUUGUCUAUCUCAUUUUUGUAGACUUGAUUAUUAACUUAUUAUUUUUUGGAAAUGUCAACUGCUCGGUUUGACUCGGCUGAUCGGUCCGCCUGGUAUUUUGGACCCGUGUCGCGACAAGAGGCACAGAAUAGGUUACAAGGACAGAGACAUGGCAUGUUUCUGGUUCGAGACUCGUCGACCUGCCCGGGCGACUACGUGCUGUCGGUGUCGGAGAACUCCAAAGUGUCGCACUAUAUCAUCAACUCUUUGCCCAGCAAGAGGUUCAAGAUCGGCGAUCAAGAGUUCGAGCACCUCCCUGCUCUGCUGGAGUUCUACAAAAUCCACUACCUGGAUACGACCACGCUGAUAGAGCCAGCACCCAGGUACCCAAGCACAGUGAGCGGUCCCAUCCAGCCCAUGGGCGGCCCAGACGAGAACCUGGAGUAUGUGCGGACUCUAUAUGACUUCACUGGCAGCGAUGCGGAGGACCUUCCCUUCAAGAAGGGGGAGAUCCUUAUCAUCCUGGAGAAGCCAGAGGAGCAGUGGUGGAGCGCCAAGAGUAAAGACGGACGCGUGGGGAUGAUCCCCGUGCCCUACGUGGAGAAAUUGGUACGACCUUCGCCUCAUCCCGGCCAGCCUUCCCUCGUAUCCCGCAACUCCAACAGCUACGGGAUCCCCGAGCCCUCCCACGCCCUCGUCCACGCCUACGCCCAACCCCAGACGCCGUCGCCGUUGCCCCCCAGCACGCCCGGAGCAGUCAUCACCCCUCUACCGUCCGUGCAGAACGGACCCGUCAUGGCGAAAGCCAUCCAGAAACGAGUGCCCUGCGCCUAUGACAAAACGGCUCUUGCUUUAGAGGUCGGCGACAUCGUGAAGGUCUCACGGAUGAACAUCAGCGGUCAGUGGGAGGGAGAGGUGAACGGACGACGGGGCCUCUUCCCAUUCACCCACGUCAAAAUCAUAGACCCCCAGAAUCCAGAUGAGAGUGACUGACCCAAGGGUUCGACUGGAACCCUCUCGCCAGUAUUGACCUGUACCGUAAUCUUGCUGGCCGUCUCCACCUUUUCCCCACCAGUGUCACCACGGUUACGUGCUUGCCUGCUUGGGGGCUGUACCAUGAUAGCGACCCCUCCGUUGUUGCCAACCGUUGCAAGGCUUUCGGACUGUUUACAGCUUUGGACAUUGGUUCCAAACUAAAAAAACCUGACCCCACUUCUCCCACAUCCCUUUUCCCCCAUGACUCGGUUCCAGGCUGGGCAGUGUUUUGUUUUUUGCAUUAGUGUCCUUUUCAUUUCCAGAUCACUGGGCAUCAGUGUGAGUGUGAAUGUGUGUGUAUGUAUACGUGUGUGUUCACAAUAGAUAUUUCCCCACAUUUCAUCACAACAUGUCUGUUUUUUUUUUUUUUUAUUUCUCUGAAUAUUUGUUAUGUUUGAAGUCUUGGGGACUUUAGAAAGUGUCGGUGCGUGUUUGUUUUGUCGAUUGUGAGGAUAUUUGUACGAAGUAGGGAACAGCAAUAUCCCUACGGACUUGGGAGAGCACUGAGGCAAUGAGGAGCUAACCAGCCAGUCAAAUGUUAUUUCUCCAAACAAUCAAGUCACUGUUGUACCUUAACCAUCUCACAAGCACACACACACACACAGGCGCGCGUAUUGGCCAUGAGUUAUUCAGGUUGACAGGUUUUUUUGAUGUGUAUGUGAUGUGUGACUGGAGUCAGGAUGGAUGGGUUUUGUGGAGGAUCUAGGGUUGUACUGUGACAUUAUAGAUUCCCAUCUGCUUCUUCAACCUGGCACAAGUCUGGCUGACAAGACUUAUUUAUCUUUUGUUAAUAAUAAGACAUGACACGGCCAUAUGUGAUUUCAUUUUUUUUUUUUUAUUAUUAUUUGUGCCACAUGAUCAACAAUAGUUUUUAUUUGUGACUUUGAGAAGAUGUAUGUUAGAGGGGUAACUUUGCAUGUCCAUUUCGGUACCUCUCCUUAACUGUCCUUCACAUAAUUUUGAACUAAAAAAGGACAUUGCUUAGAGAUUAGCAGGGUUUUUUUAGUGACAACCACACCAAGCACUAUAUUAUAUAUUUCAACUUUCCGCAUAGAAGUGCCAUGCUUUGAACAGGAUUCCAAAAGGCAAGUAGCAACGGCAGUAAGCCCUGGCCAGCACUUCCCACAAGCAUCUGACUACAAGGCUAGCUGAAAAAAACCCACAUUGUCACAGUGUGGGCUGCGAGGACUGAAGGCUUUCCACUGAAGUGAGAAUCUCCACUUUCAGUGGCAUAGGUCAGGGAAGGAGGAAAUGUUUCAGCAAGCCAAUCCCAUCAUUUUUUUUUAUUUUUUUUUUCAGAGAGUAAGAUAAAUGCAUUCUCUCAUGCGCAUGCAAUCCCCUCUCUCUACCCUUAUGUUUUUAAUGCCAUGUUAACUCCUGUCAAUUUUAGGAUUUCAACCAGCUUCAUUCCUUGAAUAUUUGGUCUGUGCACACUUUUUUUUUUGUCUCUUUAUGCAAAACAGACUCUUAUCAGAGUAGUGGAAAGCGUCUUUGUUCCUACUGUGCUGCAAACCAAUUUGACCAGUAGGCAAAUUAAACAAGUUGCGCGAACAAGUGCGACCUUUACAUUUCUGCUGUAAAAAAACCCCGAACCAUUUCAACCCCCCUUCGUCUCUCCGCCUAGUGCUUUCCGUUUAAAAUUCAACGCUCAGCUGUUCACUCAGUAAUAUUGUGCAGCUUUUAAUUGUAUCCCAAUUUUGUUUUUCUUUUUUUUUAUUUUGUCAGCUAUUAAAUCAAGCAUUUUUUUUGUUAAAAAUGAGUGAUGUUAUUAAACAAAAGUACCUACGGUGACAUUUACAAAAAGGGAAAAAUGCCUGCUGGUUGCCUCUGUGCAUGACCUCUUGGCCAGGUAGAUGGUUCUGCCCGGCCAAAUGCUGCUUAAUGUCAUUUAUGUCCUUAUUAUUAAAUACAGGUUUCUCUUAUUUUGAUCCCUCCUGGUCUGUGCAAACAAACCAGUGUUGGGUUUUUCCUCAUCAAACUUAAUGAAAUCUACUAAUUAAGCAAUACACCCUGAUUAUUUCCUUUUCUUGAGGUGAACUUGCUUUUCUCAUGCUUCUGAUUUGUUUUGUAAUGGCAUUAACAGUAUUACUGUGCUCUCUUCAAAUAUUCUAGGAAAGCCUGUCUCUUACUUAAGAAUUGAAAAUUGUGCCUUUUAUUUUCUUAUACCAUUUACAUGUGUUAAUAUUUCCCAUGGUUAACACCUGUGCUGGUAUUGACCCUUUAUGUACAGAACAAGUAAAUAAAAUUUACGUCUACUUCUUUAA